AUGGCCAGCGUAGCUUCUGUGACGCUCCUUUCUGAGGCCGAGUUUGGCUGUGAGCACCUUGCCACUCAGCUUGCGCAUGCGGGAAGCACUGCGAAUCAGUUCAAAAACUCGUUUCUCAAGACUCACAAUGCAUUGGCCCCUCAUCCCAUUACGGCGGAGAUGAUUGGGAAGAACAAUACGAGUUCGCGUGCCUAUAGUCUUCUGAGACCCAAGUACACGUGCUUGACUUGCUCCGAAGCCUGCACCCCAAGCAGUCGGAAUAAGCACACCGAGAAAACCGGACAUUCGUUUUUCAUGGAAUCAAGAAAUCGCGCUCUGUAUUGCCAGAGCUGUGAAGAUCUCAUCUAUGAUCACGGCCUGGAGCGGCUGCGAUCGUCAUCAUCAGAGAACACAAUCAAAGUUGCCCAAAAACGUCGGUUCAGCGAGAGCUCGGCCGAUGAGCUGUAUGUCAGAAGCAACGCCAACAGACGUCUUUGUGCGAAAGCAGGCGCCAGGGGUUUGUAUAACCUGGGCCAAACUUGUUACAUGAAUGUCAUUCUUCAGACUCUGCUUCACGAUCCAAUCCUGACCACCUAUUUCCUGGGAAAUGGCCAUCCCCACCAUCACGAUUGCCAAAUACCCGAUUGCAUAGGCUGUGCGGUUGCAGAAGCAUUUGCCGAUUUCAACAGUACUGAAAAAGUGGAAGGAUUCGCAGCCCUGAACCUUCUCGUGGCAACAUGGCGGGGAAGCGCGACUCUGGCAGGGUAUCAUCAACAAGAUGCACACGAAUAUUACCAGUUUCUGGUCGAUAAGCUGCACGCAACCACCGAUGGACAUCAGGAGAACCAUGAGAAGGGUUGUCCCUGCUUCUUCCACAAGACCUUUUACGGCAAGCUUCGCAGCAGCGUGACUUGCGACAAAUGCGGCAAUGUCACGCGAACCGAAGAUCCCAUGGUGGAUCUGAGUCUAGAUGUCCAGGUGCAGGCAAAGAAGCGCGCCAUGGGCGGCUCUGGGCCCUCCUCUCCACCUACGCUGACCGGAUGCCUCGAGAGCUUUACUUCCCCUGAGAAGCUCAUGGCAGGUGUCUACAACUGCACCUCAUGUGGUGACACCCCUCAAAAGGCGACAAAGCAGCUGCGGAUCAAGAAAUUGCCGGCGAUUCUGUGCAUGCAGUUGAAGCGCUAUGAACAUACUUUUUCGGUUUCGGAGAAGCUCGAGGGCAGAAUUGAUUUCCCUCUGUCCAUCAAUAUGCUCCCGUACACAACCAACCCGCACCCCCUGACUGACAGAUCGCGGUACGUGUAUGACCUAUCGUCUGCAGUGGUUCAUAAGGGAAAACUUGACGCUGGCCAUUAUUACGCUUACUGCCGACAAGGUGAUCGGUGGAUGCUCUUCAACGAUGAUCAGGUCACUCCAGCAACUGAGGCGGACGUCCUUAACGCCGACGCCUAUCUUCUAUUCUACAAUAUCCGAUCCUUGGCCGGCGCUCCUUCGAAGUAG